AUGGCGACGCGCGGGGCGACCCCGACCGCGGGGUUCCGCGCGUACGCCAAGCCGCGCGGCGGCAGGCCCGUCGCGAGGCGACCCGGCGUCCGCGUCGCGCUCCUCGCCGGUCUGGCCGCGGUCCUGACGCUGGCGCUCGCGUGGGCGGCGUUCGGACGCGGCGGAGACGACGGAUCGCGCGUCGUUCGAAUCUCGUCGCGCGACGCCGCGGGCGAGGGGGGGGGCGCGUCGACGAGGGCCGCGCGGAUCGCGGACGCCGCGAGCGCGGCCACGGCGUCGUUCGUGCCGUUCAAGCGCGCGAAGAAGCGCGCGGGGGGCGCCGCGCCCGGCGCGGGACGCGCGGGACGCGCGGGGGCGAUCGACGCGAGCGGCGCGGCGACGAACGCGACGGACGCGGUCGCGAGGCACUUUAGCAGGGAUACGCCGCAUCGCUUCACCGCGGAAGACGCGGCGGCGGCGAGGAAGAGAAAAGAGGAGCACGCGGGGGGGACGAAGGAAUACGACGCGGCCGCGCCGGAGGAGGAGGAGAACGCGGCGGAGACGACGACGACGACGACGACGACGACGACGCGCGCGGCGGAAGACGAGGCGACGACGACGACGACGACGACGGCGACGACUACGGACGCGCCGCCGCCGCCGCCGCCGCCGCCGCCGUCACCGCAGUCCCCCUCCCGCCCGCCGCCGCGGUCGCGCCAUCGACCACGGGACGCGUCUUCGAACUCCGUGGGGUUCCUCCUCCAGAUGGCGCGCGAGCCGAAAGCGUCGCUGGAGAUCGUCAAAGCGACGAGGGAGCGGUACCCGAGCGCGCCGAUCCGCGUGGUCAGCGACGCCGGAUACGAUUGCUCACGGAUGUGCGAGAUCUACGCGUGCAACUUUACGCUGGAUCCGACCGCGAGCGGGUACGGCGGCAAGGGCGACGUCAUGGUGUGGCUUCAGCGCCUCGCCGUCGCCGCGGAGGCGAUGAACACGACGUGGAUGGUGUACCUGGAGGACGACGUGUCGUGGAACGCGCCGGGUCCCGGAGGGAUACGUCGGUGGCCUCGCGACGGCGUCGACGCCGGCGGCGUGGACGACCGCGGAUGGGGCACGCCGAUGACGCCCGCGCUGUCGCGCGAGCUCGCGAAGCGCGCGGGCGGGAAGAGGCCCCGCGAGCACUACGGCCUGUGCGGCGGGAGCGUGUUGCGCGUCGACGCGUUGCUCCGCGCCGUCGGCGCGACGACGCGCGAGGAUUUGAAAACUUUUCAGGCGCGUUCACCUCACACUGGUCCCCAUACGACCGCGUCGGCGUGGUGA